AUGGCUACUCCCAGCGUCCUCGCCUUUGACCCUGAGAGUAGGGCCAUCGACUUUGAGGUCUGGUUAGAUGACCUGCAUCUGUUCUUACAGUGCGAUAGGGCAGACAGUCUCUCUCUCUUUGACCUCACCUCUGGCGCUGUCCCUGCCCCUGCUGCUGAUGCUGACGCCACUGUUCGCUCCCAGUGGGCCACGCGCGACGCUGCUGCACGUCUUGCUGUGCGACGCCACCUCCCUACCUCUGAGCGUGCGCACUUUAGUCAGUACAAGAGUGCACAGACCUUGUACGACGCUGUAGUUGCGCGCUACUCCUCCCCUGCCACUGCUGCACUGAGCCGCCUCAUGCUACCGUACCUCUUCCUUGACCUUGCUGCCUUUCCCACAGUUGCUGACCUCAUUACGCACCUCCGCACUAGUGACGCUCGCUACCGCGCUGCACUACCUGCUGACUUCUGCGCCAAGAACCCCCCCCCCCCAUCGGCCAAGAAGGGCAUAGUCGCUGUAGGGGCCUCUCGUGGUGACCCGCGCACCCCCAUCUUUGAGGGUGUUCCCCCUCCCCCCUUCUGCCCUCUGUUGCCUCUGCUGCUGCGGCCGACCUCCUUGGUCUUGAGUCGGUCGGUGCGGCGUCUGCCCCUAGCGGGAGACGCCGCUCUAGCAGGGGCAAGGGGGGCAGGGGCGCUGGAGGAGCGAGCGGGGGCAGUGGAGGUGGAGGUGGAGGCGGCGGGGGGAGUGGGGGUGGCGGUGGGGGUGGAGGUGGGGGUGGGGGUGUCGGUGACGGCUGUGGAGGCGGAGUUGGCGGCGGUGGGAGCGGCGGUGGCGGAGGUGGUGGAGGAGGCGGCGGUGGCGGGGGCGGCAGCAGUAGCGGAGGCGGCGGAGGCGGCGGAGGCGGCGGGGGCGGCGGAGGCGGCGGAGGCGGCGGGAGUGGCGGUGGAGCUGGUCGCGGGUCUUCGCAGAGGAGUGGCUCCGGUGGUGCCACGCGCCACAAGGGCAAGGGGGGCAAGGGCGCGGGUGGAGCUGGAGGGGGCGGUGGCGGUGGCGGCGGUGGCGGCGGAGGGAGUGGGGGUGGCGGCGGGACUAGUAGCGGGGGUGGUGGUGGUGGUGGCAGCAGCGGCGGAGACGGUGGUGGUGGUGCCAGCGGUGGUGGUGGAGGCAGCGGCGGAGGUGGAGGCGGCGGAGGUGGAGGCGGUGGAGGCGGCAGCGGAGGAAGCGGUGGUGGUGGAGGAGGUGGAGCUGGUCGGGGUGGUACCCAGCAGCGUCGCGGCGGUGGUGGUGGCCAGCGCUCACAGCGGCAGCAGCAGCAGCGCUCGCGGGACAUCCCUCCGCCUCAGCAGCUUCGUGAGUGGUACGCUGGGCGUCAGAGGGGUGGGGGUACUGGUCCCUGCACCUACGUUCUUCGUUCCGGCGACCACGCGGGUGAGCAGUGUGGGGGUGCCCACGCCACCCAGCGCUGCUUUGGCCGCCUGA